GAGGAAAAGUUUAUGAUGUGACCGAAUUCGUCGAAAUGCAUCCAGGUGGUAACACAAUUCUUUUGGCAGCUGGCAAGGACGUGGAAUCCUUUUGGUCCAUUUAUGCAUUUCAUUACGAAAGCCAUGUAAUGGAUUUAUUGAAGGAAUAUUACAUUGGCGAUUUAUUAGUCACACCCAGGAUUCCACAAAGUGAUCUCAGCCACAGCACGCACAGAAAUGAUUGA